AUGAGUUAUUUUAGUGAUUUGCAUCAAAUAUCGGAUAUUUCUAGUAUUUCGGCAAUUUCCCAGUCCAGUAAUAAAUUUAUUGGUAGAGUGGAUUCAUUGCAAAGUUUAUUAGAUAAUUAUUCCAAUGCAGUAAGAAGUAAUAAUAGGUUUGCGAUAACUCGAGAAACAAGUGCUAUUGAGAAGACGAUAAACUCUUUGACAUUAUGCGAAGAAAAUAUAAGUGAACACGUUAAAAUCAAUAUUAUGUACCAGUGUAUGAAAGAAGCAUCUUUGAAUCAUAAAGAUAUUUUAUCUAAGAACACAGCUAACAAACUACAAUUAAUGCUCUCAAUUUAUCAACUGGAUAAGUAUAUGCAUCUUCCUUCAACAACGAAACAUAUGCAAGAUAAAUUGAUGCUUUUGGGAAUUAUUGAUUUGCCAUCGUGUGACUUAAAUCUUGAUGAGAAAUUAGAGGUGAAAUGUUGCAUUGAGACAAUGUUACGAGAAACUAUACAUCAUAUGAUGCUAAGAUAUGAAGCCUUAGGAGGAAAUGCUAAGGAAGCAUUAAAAAACAACGAAUGUGACAUGCGUAAUAAAUUCUUGGAAUAUUACGAUGUACCAGCAGUACAAUGGAAGAAUAAAAUUGAAGAUUUGAUUUUGCAAUGCGAAAGUGAUUUGUCGAAAUAUAUAAAUUUAAUGGACAAAUGGAAUAAGCUGAAAUAUGAAAACAUGAGCCAAGCGUAUUUAGAAAAGGCAGGAUACUUAUUGCUACAGGCGCAAGUUGCUGAACUGCAAGCAAAGAUAACAAAGCUCUCUUGCACAAUCAGAAUGUUCAAAGAAACCUCGACUACCGUUGAUGCUUUUAAAAUGCUAAAUCGAUUAAUAGAAGACAAGUUAAAAGUAGUUAGAGAUGAAAUCCGCCAAAAAGAAGAUUUGAAAAAGUUAUACGAUAAUUUGAAAAAUACAGAAUAUGACGAGGUGUUGUCAAUCUACUCGCAGCUCUGCAAUGCAAUAAAGAAGAAAAAACACAUCUUGGACAUGUUAAAAUAGUUUUGUAAAUGAAGGAUUUACAAUAAUUUAUAAUCAAAACAAUAUGUAUCUGAUUUAAAAGUAAAUGUUUUAUAACUUGCAUUCGAUUAUCUUUUGAUAAAUAUUCUACAAAUCGAUGUGAUAAUUUUAAUUUUAGCAUUUCUUUGAAUUAAUAAAAGUAUAUUAGUAGAGUAG